AUGGAUUGGUCUACGGGCGAUCUGGUGUGGUUCGAUCCGGGCCUCGGACAUCCGCUGCCGGGCGAGAUCCAAGAAGUUCAUCGUGCCGCUCAGAUGAUCAUCGUGCAGGCACUUAUCAACGGCAAGCCGCAAACGUUCACCCUCGGGCCGAAUGAGGGAAACAUACGUGCCCGGCAGGAUUUGGGCAAGACCGGUGUGGAGGACAUGACCCAGCUGGAGGACCUGCACGAGGCGUCACUGCUGUGGAAUCUCAAGCUGCGCUACGACAACGGUUUGAUCUACACGAACGCGGGCAGCAUACUGAUCGCGAUCAAUCCGUACAAAAUGUUUCCCGAAUCGUACGGCAUCGAGAUGGCCAAACUGUACGCGGGCCGGCCCCUCGGCACGCUGGCGCCCCAUCUGUUUGCGAUCGGUUCGGCCGCACACGCCGCCCUUCCGUCGCCCCAGGUCGUCGUCAUAUCCGGUGAGUCGGGCUCGGGCAAGACGGAGUCGACCAAGCUGGUCAUGCAGUAUCUCGCCGCGGUCGUACCGGGCGGUGGGUCCGCCUCCACCGUCAUCACCGAGCAGAUACUCGAGGCGGCCCCACUGCUGGAAGCGUUCGGCAAUGCCCGCACCGUGCGGAACGACAACAGCUCCCGCUUCGGCAAGUACCUGGAGGUGUACUUCAAGUCGGGGGCCAUCAUCGGUGCCAAGAUUACGCAGUAUCUGCUGGAGAAGUCGCGCAUAGUCACACAGGCCGCCGGUGAACGGAACUAUCACGUGUUCUACGAGCUGCUCGGUGGUUUAUCCGAGCCCGAGCGCAUGAAGUACGGUCUGCUGGAGGCGGAUAAAUACUUCUACCUCAACCAGGGCGGCUCGGACUGUGCGCCGGGGCGCAUGGAUUGGGCCUCGCUGCAGAGUGCGAUGCAGGUGCUCGGCGUUACGGAGAACGAGCGCGAAGGUAUCGUGAAGGUGUUGGCCUCGGUGCUACAUCUGGGCAAUGUGUACUUCCACCGGCGCCAGUUGCGCCACGGACAGGAGGGCGUUGAGAUUGGGUCGGAUGCGGAAAUUAAGUGGGCCGCCCACUUGCUACAGCUGCCAUCGGAGGGCAUCCUGAAGUCGCUGACCUCACGCAUUACUGAGACGCGCUCGGAGCGUCUGUAUACACCGCUCGGCAUCGACCAAGCGCUGGAUGCGCGAGAUGCGCUGGCGAAGGCGCUCUACUCGGGACUUUUUAACUGGCUUGUACUGCGAAUCAACUCCAUCGUACAUCGUGGUGGUACACACGAUGCGCAACGUCUAUCUAUUCUGGACAUCUUCGGGUUCGAAGAUUUGGCCGAGAAUUCGUUCGAGCAGCUGUGUAUCAACUACGCCAACGAAAGUCUCCAGCUGUACUUCAACAAACACGUAUUCAAACUGGAACAGGCCGAGUACGCGCGCGAACGUCUCGAGUGGACCAACCUGGAGUGGGAAGACAACCUGCCGGUGAUCCAUCUGCUCGCCAAGAAGCCCGUCGGCAUCUUCCAUCUGCUGGACGACGAGUCUAACUUUCCGCGGGCGAACGAUUCCAGCUUUCUCGAGAAGUGCCACUACAACCACGCCCUGAACGAACUCUACUCGCGCCCCAGAGUGGGUGCCCAGGAGUUCGGCAUCACGCACUACGCCGGCCAGGUGUGGUACUGCGUCGAUGGGUUCCUGGAGAAGAAUCGCGACGCACUGCGCAUGGACGUGAUAGAGCUGCUGAGCUCCAGCACGGAACCGCUGGUCGGGGAGAUGACGAAGCAGCUGCGGGCGCAACGCGAUGUCGGCAAAACGCUGCCCAAAGGUUCGAAUGGGCGGUUUGUCACUAUGAAACCGCGCACACCUACGGUCGCGGCUAGAUUUUCCGACUCGCUGCAGCAGUUGCUGCAGUCGAUGGCGAAAUGCAACCCUUGGUUCGUGCGGUGCGUUAAACCGAACAAUGACAAACAGGCGCUGCGCAUGGACAUGCCGUGCGUGCUUCAGCAGCUGCGUUACCUUGGCAUGCUGGACACGAUCAAAAUCCGCCAGUCCGGGUAUCCGGUGCGCCUUCGCUUCCAGCAUUUCGUCGAGCGCUAUCGCCAUCUGAUGAAGACGCCACUACCAAAAGGCACGCCUUAUCGCGAAUUGUGCCGCUUUGUGCUGGACGAACUCCCCGGCACAAACACGGAAGGGCCCGACUUCCAGCUCGGUGCCACCCGGGUAUUCUUGCGCGAGGCAUUGCACCGGACACUGGAAGCGAGCAGAGCCGAUCGGUUGAGGUUGGCCGCGGUUACGAUACAGCGAAACGUGCGCGGCAUGCUCGCACGCAAGAAGGUCCAGCGUGAAGUGCGUGGUGCCGUCACCAUACAGCGUUACUGGCGAGGAUACCGUGACCGCAACCGGUACCUCACCGUCAAGAACGGUGUGACCAAGUACCAGGCACUGUUCAAGGGACAUAUGCAGCGCAAGCGGUACGCGAAGCUGAAGAACGAGCUGAAACGGCGCCGUGAGGCUGAGCGGCUAAAGAAGGAACGCACGGCGCAACGGCUAGCAAAGGAGCAGGUCGAACGUGGGUCCGCCGUCCCGCUCGACAUCCCGGCCGAGUUGGCAUUCAUCUUUUCCAAAUCGGAGAACUGGACCGGUCAGCAGAGCGACCGCAAUCUGGUGAAGGUGGUCGGCACGGUUCCAGGACCGCCGUCCGCUGCCGAUCUGCCGCCGGAUCUCGAUCAGUUCGCCUUCGGCAAGUUCAGCUCGGUGUACUGCAACGGUGUGAAGUUGGCACCGCGUCGUGACAUCAUAACGGCACCGUUCCUUUCGCGCGCUGCCGCUCGCGAUCAAGACUUCAAGGAUGCGAUCGCGAUCUUCAAGCUGAUCAUUCGCUGGACCACCGAUGCCACCAUGGAUGCGAACCGGGAGAAAAUCUUGGCCGAUUACAUCGUACACAAGGGCUUGUCAUCGCGCGGUCUGCGGGACGAGAUAUUGGUGCAGAUAUGCAACCAGGUGUACCGGGCAGAUGAGACCGCAGCGGAGAAGCUGUGGACACUGAUGUCGCACUGUCUCUCCGCAUUCCAGCCCGGGUCGGCGUUCAGCAAGUAUUUGAUCAAGUUUAUCGUGGACAACGCACCGCCCAACACGAAAGAGCAGAUCCUGAAGAAGCUGCUGCGCAAUGCGAACGCUGGCCAAACGAACCCUUGCCGGUUGUUCCCGCCCUCCUGGCUGGAGUGGCGUGCAUCGUCCCGGCUGGCGGACACGGCGCUUGGGCUUAAUCUGCCGGACAGCAGUGUCCAGACGGUGGCCGUCGAUUCGUGGACCACGUGCGAGGAAGCGGCCGCAUUGGCAAUCUCCUCGUUCGGCAUACCGAACCUCGGCUGGACGGUGGUGAUUGACGAAUCGGAUCAAAUGACCGAUUCUUGCGGGCUUGAUUUUGUGCUGGAUCUGGUGGCGGAGAAGGAACUCCCGCCCGCAUUCCCAGCCGUGCGCAGUGACAUUCUACGCUGCGGCAGAAAAUUACCACCGAAUGCGGUGCCGAUCGCGGGCACGAACGAUCCGUCCAUCGAACCGAGCAGUCCGAAGCGUCCGCAGGUUCCACCACCGGAACCACCCUCGAUGAAGCGAAACUCGCACGAGAUACAGCUGGUGCCGGUGGCCAUCGGAAGCGGCAAGAAGCACGAACCGGUCGAGUACGGUAACGCACGACACAUGGAGCCGACCGGGGCCGGCAGGAAGACAUCGCACGAUGUGUCACUGUCGCGGCACAAGCUACGCGAGGAGCGUGCCUUUUACGAGGACAAGAGCCGGUCCCGCUCGUUGGACGAUCUGCUCGCCGGCGAACCGGACGAAGCAAUGAUCUCGCCCGAUGCCGACGAGCCGGAAAGUUCGUUGACGCUCACGUUGGCGGAAAACAGAAUUGGCAACAAGUAUCGCUCGGUCGACACGAUCGCACCGCUGAAGGAGCAACAUCCGCGGUUCGUGAAGUCGCAGUACGCGGGCAAGCGUACCGCCGGUUCCCACUCGUUGAAGUACGCGGAGAAGUCGGAGUUUAGCGUACGCUCGUCGGCCAUGUCGGACACGAGCGAGGCGCCCUCACUGGCCAGCCAUGUGCGGCGGGUGCGCGUCCCCUCGCAGGCAUCCGACGUCGACCAGUUUCUGGACGAUCUGUUCAGUCCCGUGCUGGACGGUUCCCUGGAUGAGCUCUCGGAUGCGCGCUCGCUAGCGGCUAGCAUCCGCGGUGGUGCUCAGUUCGUGUCCGAGUUGCUCGAUUCGGUACGCACCGACCGCCGGCUGACCGACCUGGAACGGUGCGAGGUGGUCGCGAGAUGCACCAAAGGAGGCACUACGCACCAGGCGAAGAACGCCACCGCGAACGGGUUCACGCCGAGCGCACCGAACCCUAUCACGCCGCCCAGCACGGGUUCGCUCCUGAUGAUGGGUUCCGUCAGUCCGGACGUGGUGAUGCCGGUGUUUACCAUCCCACCGGGCGUCGAUAGUACCGCUUACCAGCAGCAGAUGCAGCGUGCCUUUCUCCAGUCCGCAAUGGCCCAAAACAUCCAGAUCCAGCAGCAGCUGAUGGCACAGAAUCAGGCGCUGCAAACGUUGCUCACCCAGCAGGACGGGGCCGGACCAUCGUCGUCCUCCUCGCCACCCGCCAUUCCGAGCGCAAUCUCACCGAAACAUGGCGGUGCCACCGGUUCACCGACCACCGUGCAACACUCGCCCAAUCGGAAGAUGAGUGCCAAAGCCGUGUCCCGCAUGGAUGGGGCCGACCGACCGGGCCCGUCCGGGUCGUCCUCGUUCUCGGACAUGCUGCGCAACCGCAAGGAUUCGUCCUCCUCCAACUUGAUCCCACCGCCGCCGCCACCACCGCUUCCACCGCCCUUGGAGCUGAAAGAUCCAUUCGAGGUGCGUCCGUUCCUGGACCCGUACGGCCGUGCGAAGACGGUGCGCAUCGGCAAAUGGCGCUGGCCACCGCCGCAGGGCGUGCCGGCCAGUAGCGAAACCGAGGAAAACUUCAUCCAAUUCAAGAUGACGCGCCAGAGCAAUCGCAAAACGACACCACAGUCGCAGCACAGCAGCAACAUGGACUCACCGAUCGGGUCACCGAACGGUGUCGAAUGGGAGGAGUUCGAGAUCGACCAAAAGCUGCAGGAGCAUGCGAACCGGGACGGGGUCGACGGUACCAAGGGGUCCGGAGCCGGCGGACAGCAGGGUGCGCGCGUAGCGAAGCGCAGCUUCGACAUCGGUGCGGAUCGACCCGCGCCGAACAGCGUCGGCAAGCUGAAGCUGAGCAACGAAAUGCGCCAGCGGCUGGAGCAAGUAACGGCGGGCCACUCGGUACGUUCGUCCAGUGCCAAAUCCGACCGGCCGGAGCGUACGCCCGCCAAGCUGGAGGACACACGGCGCAUGAUGUUGGAGCAGCAGCUCGGUGGCAUGAACCCGCCCGGUGGUACAAAGUCACCCGGCGCGAUGGGAGCAGAUUCACCCUCCGUGAAGACGCAGGUCCAGCGCAUGGAGGCGAGCAAGAAGGGUGCACCGGCGACAGCGUGGCCAACGGUUCUUCCACCAGCUCCGCCGGGUCCAGCCCCACCACCACCGAUAAGACCACCGACCUCGACGCCACCAGCGCCACCACCACCAAUACAUGGUAGCAUGAUGGCCGCCCAGAACAACCAUCAGAACCAGUCGGAAAUUCCGUCCUUCGUCCAGCGCCAAGAGCGUGAUACGUUCGGUGCCAAGGAUAGCUUCAUGGAUUCCUGGGGUCGCGCAGAAGCUGCCAAGCUAGAUUUGGUCUAUGAAACUAGUUUCAAGAAAGAGAUGAUCAUCGAACGAGAACGUUCCCGUUCGCGGUCACGAUCACGCGAUCGGGAGAAUUUCUCCGAAUCCGUCUGGGACCGGUCCGAAGUGGAGGGCCCGUCAUCCACCUCCAGCGAUCCGCGCGAUCGCGAUCGCGACAAGGAGCGUGAGGCACGUGAGCGCAACUACGAGCUAACGCAGCUCCAGCGCGAGAAGGAAAGCAACAAAGUGUUCCAUCCGUCCUCGUACGCAAAGGACAAGCAGCACCAGCAGCAUCAGAUCCAGCAGCAGCAGCAAUCACAGUACCAGCAGCAGUACCAGCAGCAGCAAAAGCAAUACUCCGCCAGCUCGCCGAACUCGGGCAUUGCGACCUUCAAGACGCACAUGGUGCAGAAGAGCGUACAGGAGCGAGAAAGAAAAUCGUCCGCCGCCACGACCAACGGUUCGGUGUACAGCGAAAAGCUGGACGAUGGUGCGAUGGCCGAUCCGCCCGCACCGGUCAUGCCGGUGCAGAUGAACCCCUCGCUCAAGGCGCCGGCCGCCGCCUGUCUGACGUACAACCGCGUCACCUGGACGUUGCGCGUCCGCAAGGAAGUGUUCCGGCCGAGCGAAACCGUCACCGCACCGGCCGCCCUCGAUCUGCUCUUCAACCAGAUCACGGCCGACGUGUUCGGUGUGACGCCCUGCAUGCGAAUAUCGCCCCAGGAGAAGCGGCUCGCGGUCAAUCUGCUCAGCAGCCAUGGGAUCACCGCGAACGGGCAUACGGCGGCGAAGCAACACGUGCGGGCGAUCGUAAAGCGCCACGUGCUCGAUAUGGCCCGCGGAUGGCCGCUCUACUUCGCCCGGCUGUUCGCCAUGAACGGGUCACCGUCGAUACAGGAGGGCACACUGCUGGCCGUGUCGCAUAUGGGCGUGUAUCUCGCGAGCAAGGAGCCCGAAUUUCUGGCGAUCCAGCGCGCCAUCCCGUACGACGAUAUACAAAGUGUUACCACGCUGCCGAGACCGCUCACGCUGCAGCUAACGCUGAAAACUGGCGCACGCAUCGUACUGCACGCGUCGAAGGCGAAUUCUAUCCAGAUGAUGGUACAAUCGUACCUCGCCGAGUACCGACAGACCCAAUCGAAAGGUUCCACCAUAUCGUCCGGUGUACGGGCGGCCGCAGCCACGCUUAAUGUGCCGCUCGAGCGGUUGGAAACGUCGAACGUCAACAGCCCCGGAUCACCGAACCAAAUCUCACCGACGGAGAAGGGCCACCAUCUGCAUCACCUGGGGGGACACCCUGGACAUCAUGGGCACCAUCACCACCAGCAGCUGAUGGACGAGUUCGAGGAUAUGCAUAUCGAUCAUGGUAUGCCGGAAUCGUCACCGCCACCGAUGGGCGGGUACGGAAACGAUCGUGUACAUAGCGGCAUGGGCAUGAAGCAUGGCGUCAACGGACAGCAACAGCAGCAGCAACAACAGCAGCACCAUUCGCCGUACGGUGAGCGCAGUCCGGGCGAUGGUCCGGGCCGGGGCGGUAGUGGCGGUGCCGGUAGCGGCGGUGGCAUGAUCGUUAACCACAAAAACUCACCGAUGGGUAACGGAAAUGGUAACUACAGCGAUAUGCACAUCGUCGGACACCACGAGAACGAUUCCUCCCCGACGCAAACAUCGCUGACCAAACAUUCGCUGCUGCAGUUUGCGAUGCAACAUUUCCGUACCGACGACGAGUUUAAAUCCAAUCGAUCGGAUAAACGGGCCAUGAGAAACCAGCACGCAGAUCUGGUGAAAUGGCAGGGUUAUCCAUUGCGGGCACCAUUGCUGCGACUUCCGGCCGACCUAACACCACUCGCGCUGGAAUGUUUCGAUUGUGUUCUGCGAUACUGCGGCGAUCUUGCCGUUGAUCCGGAGUUGUCAGAAGUGAAGUGCGUUUACACGGUGCUGAUGCACUGUCACAAGCAUCUGGCCCUGCGAGACGAGGUGUACUGUCAGCUAAUGAAGCAAACGACGGCAAACCGAUCGGCCUGUCCAGAUUCGGCCCAGCGGGCCUGGCGCUUGUUGAGUAUACUGGCGGCGUAUUUCGGCUGUUCGGACGCAUUGCGACCAUAUCUGAUCGAACAUUUAACAUCGGCUGCGUCGGAUCGGCGUCGUCCAUGUCACGGCACGGCAGCCGUUUGCCUGACGAAUCUUCGCAAAACGGCACGCUGCGGUGGCCGCAAGAAUGUACCGAGCGUUGAGGAAGUUACCGCCGUGUCUGCGGGCAGGUCUGCCCGUCGACAAAUAUAUCGUCUGCCUGGUGGCGCGGAACGUAUCGUCAAUACGCGCUGCUCAACGGUCGUCGGUGAUGUUAUUGCGGAACUGUGCUCGCUGCUGGGCAUUGAGUCACCGGCCGAGCAGCAGGAAUUUUCACUCUACUGUAUCGUUCAGGGCGAUGCCUUUACCAUGCCGUUGGCAGCCGACGAGUACAUCCUGGACGUUACGACCGAGCUGCUGAAAUCGGGCCAACCGUUCUACCUAAUCUUCUGCCGUUCGGUGUGGCACUUUGCGCUGAAGCGUGAUCCAGCACCGACACCGCUCUACAUCGAGGUAUUGUUCAACCAGGUCGCACCGGACUAUUUGGAGGGGUUGCUGCUGGAACUUCCCAACGGUGGUGCGCCCAGCCCGGAUUAUGUGCGCGAUAUGGCACGCAUUGCCGCUAUUCUGCACCGUGCGGCCGACCUAAACCACCUGCCGGCCAUGAAGGAGAUUAAAUUUUUGCUCCCAAAGCCGGCACUAUCGUUGCGCGAACUGCGCCCGGCUCAGUGGGUUGCGCUGGUCCAAUCAGCCUGGCCAUCAGUCGCCGGUCUGAGCCCGAUCCAGGUGAAGGCCCAGUUCCUGAACGUACUCUCCUCGUGGCCACUGUUCGGCAGCAGCUUCUUCGCGGUGAAGCGCGUCUGGGCGGACGAGAACCCGAUGGAAGAGCCAAGUCCGAUGUGGCGCGAGCUCAUUCUCGCCCUCAACCGGCGGGGUGUGCUGUUCCUCGAUCCCAACACACACGAAACGAUGCAACAUUGGCCAUUUAAUGAAGUGAUUUCAACGCGAAAGGUACGUUCAGAAGAUGGUGCACUGUUUCUCGACAUGAAGGUGGGUAACCUGCUUCAACAGCGUGUCAUCCGUGUGCAAACCGAGCAAGCGCACGAAAUUUCACGGCUAGUACGCCAGUACAUCACAAUGGCCCAGGCACAACAGCGCGAUCGAAGGGAAUAGAGCCCGCUAGAGGGUUUCCCUUACCGGCGAGGCCACUUUCUAACGUCUCGCAAAUUGAAAGCAAUAAUGGGGCCAGAAUUAGGUGCAAAAGGAUAGUUAGUUUUACCGUUUACGAAAUUACAUACUUUAGGUAGGAAGCGUACGCAGUCCGGAAGAAGGUUAAGAAGAUGAACAUAAAAAUAUAUUAUAAUUGGUGUGCUUAAUUUGGGUGAAAUGGCAGUCCGAUGUUGAACGGCUGUUCUACAAUUACAAUUGCUAGGGAAAACGUUUCGUUGUUUGUACCAUUUCGAGCAAAAGCGAAUCAAAUGCACACUAUAAUACGUAU